AAAAGUGAAAUAUGUUGAUUGCUGAAGUAUUUGUAAGUGCGUAAGUGAAUAAGUGUGUGGCAGCAAUUGCAGCAGCAAGGCUUUAUGAAUUUUACACAUUGGUUUGAUAAAUAUUUGACCAUUCUUGGUAGAUUUCCUCAGACUCUCUCAGUUAGCUUGGAGAAUGCUUAUGGACAACAGUUUUCAACUUUCCACAGAUGCUCAAUGGGAUUUAAUUCAAGACUUUGAGAGGGAAAGGGACACUUAACAACUUUCACUUUCUUUUUCUUACUUUACAUUUACAUUUAGAUCAUUGGCAGAAAGUUUUUUUUUGUCCCAGUUUUAGGGCUGAAGCAGGUUUACCUCUUAUUUCCCCAGUACUUUCCUCCUUCUGUGUUGCCAUCAGUUGUGACAAGGUUCCCAGUACCUGCAGAGGAGAAGCAGAACAGUAAUAAUCUUACCACCAUGCUUGACAGCAGGGAAAAGAUCUUUGGUCUUCACCGUUGAAUUAUUUCUCCAACAAAAAGAAAAUACCAAAGAAAGAAGACGUUUAAUCUUUGGUGUUACUAAAUAAUCAAGCUCAACCUGCAUUUGUGCUACACUGAUUAAACAAGGUAGAAUGUGUAUAAAGACUAGACAUAAAUCAACAGACAAAGUUUGGAAAGAAUGUUUGUUCUGGAACCAUGCAUAAUACUGAUAAGGUGUAAGUGAGGUAACUACUUUGUGAUAUCAUUUAUUAUAGACAACUGCUUACACAGGGUGUGUUUACAAAUUAUAGCCAUCCAUGCAGUGACUUUCCAUAAAAGAAAUUCCCUCUUUGGAGAAACCUUUACUAAUUUAGUCCUAGACAGGUGGAAUUCUAUAUUGGAGGAUCUUGAUAUAAAAUUAAAGCUGAGAAUACGUUUCACAGCCUAUGAGCUGUGAGCUGCAUUCUACUCCAGUGCCAGUCAGGGUAGCAUACCCCUGCUGUAAUAAUGAACCCUGUCGAACAUGUGGAAGAACAUUGACAAGUGCCUGUGAAUGCAUUCCCUGAGUGUACAGUAUGGUAUAAUCCGACAGGAGUUGUGUCUUUCAUAAAAUGGAAGUGCAUUCUUGUCUUGCAUGAAACAAAUAGUAGCAACAUAAAACUGCAUUCAUAUUGUGUCAGUUCUGUAAAUGGUUCCAAAACCAGUUCUGUAUUUUUUCUGUACAAUCAUUUUACAUGUUUUUAGAUAUAGAAAAUUUGAACUGUUGUCCUUUGAUAAUAUCACUGAAAAGUAUUACUGUAAAUUAGAUUCAAAGAUGGAGAAAAAAUCAAUUUAAAAAUGGGUUGCUGAAUUCAUAUUUUGGGAGGUGUGACAAGCACCAUUUUGCUCCAUACAGUACAUACUUCAAACGUAUGCAAUGGGGCAAAUAUGCCAGCCUGAUCCAAUACUAGUAUUUUUUAUGGUAAAUGUCUCAGAACAAGACAUAUAACACAAAGUGGCUGCCUCAGACAUUCAGAUUUCCAGAUACAAAUAUCCCCCCCUGAACUUUGAAGCAAGUUGCUCAAUCAGUAGGCAAAGGAUUAUUAAAAGGACCAGCUGCCUUGCACUUGCUCAUUAGCAGCAGCCAUUAAUAAAGGAGUCCCAGACAGGAUGAAGACUUCUGCUGGAUCCCUUCUGCUGCUUUCCCUGGCUGCUGCAGUCAGUGGGAGUCUGGAAGAGGCAGUUUUCUCACCACAGGAUACCCUGUAUGCUGCUGUAGAGUUCUACAACAGGGGCAGUGAGCAGCUCAAUGCUUUCAAGGAAGAGAGUGCUCUACAUGAACCAAGAAGGAGGGAGGAUGACUCCAGUGUGUAUUAUAAGCUGAAGUUCACUAUGAGAGAAACCGUAUGCCCAAAUACAGAGAACUUCAACAAGUUGUACUGCUCUUUUAUGGAAGGAGGAAUGCAAUUAAAGUGUAACUCUCUAGUUUCUGUGCUAAAGGAAAACCUUUCUAAAGUAAAGAAUAUCAAAGUUACUUGUGCGCCUAUCCCAACAAAGCUUGAAGAGGGAGUGCAAGAUGGUAAUCAGCAUCUUCCAGGACAAAGGUCAGGGAGUGGGUCUUCCAUAGGUCAACAUAACUAUGGGAGUCAAAAGCACUAGACUUUCGCAGGUAGUGAAAUCAAAAGAUGGACAGCAACAUAAUUCAAAACUGUGCUUUUCACUGCUAAGAACUUCAGACAAUUUACAAAAUUUGUUUAAUAUUUUUCUUUCAUUCUUUUAGUACCUUGUCUUUGCUUCUCUUUUUUAUUAAUUGUUUUAAGUAUCAUUGUUACUCUUCUCAAGUUUAUUAACAUGGAUCCAAAAGAACCAUCCAUUCUAUUAUUCACCCAUCCACCCAUUUUAUAACCAUUUCAUCCAAUACAGGGGAAUGGGGUAGCCAGAGCCUAUCGAGAUCAGCAACUAGGGGCAGGAUAUACCUUCAAUGGGAUGCCAGUCCAUCACAGGGCAAACACAGAUACAGAGAUGUACACACUCAC